GGAUUUUAGGUUCUUGAGACUGCAUGCCAAGUAAUCAAACUGAGCCUCUAGCUAUCUAUCAUCCAAUAGCAUGGCGGCUUCUGCCUUGCAAUCUAGCCAUAGUCGUUUUGAAAUCGAGUAUGAUUCAGCGUCUAUGCAAAGCCAUAACCCCAAAACCAGGAAGCCUAGAGAAGUUGUAGGUAGGGAUGGUGAGGACGGAGGUGUUUUCUUGACAUGGGAGGAUCUGUGGGUGACAGUUUCCAAUGGAAAAAGUGGCAGCAGAUCGAUCCUUCAGGGUCUUACCGGCUAUGCCAGGCCUGGCGAAGUCCUGGCUAUAAUGGGUCCUUCUGGCUGUGGCAAGUCCACUCUUCUUGAUGCAUUGGCAGGAAGAUUAGGGUCCAACACAAGCCAGAGUGGGAUCAUACUAGUUAAUGGUCAUAAACAAGCACUGUCUUAUGGCACAUCGGCAUAUGUGACUCAAGAUGACACCUUGAUCACCACUUUAACGGUUGGAGAAGCUGUGUACUACUCAGCUCUGCUCCAAUUGCCAGACUCCAUGUCGAAAUCAGAGAAGAAGGAGAGGGCAGACAUGACCAUAAGAGAAAUGGGCCUGCAAGAUGCCAUAAACACAAGAAUAGGAGGGUGGGGUGUUAAAGGCAUUAGUGGUGGGCAAAAGAGGAGAGUCAGCAUUUGCAUAGAGAUCCUCACACACCCCAAGCUUCUCUUCCUUGAUGAGCCAACAAGUGGGCUUGAUAGUGCUGCUUCAUACUAUGUCAUGAGCAGAAUUGCACGCCUUGAUCGACAACAAGGAAGGACCAUCAUAACAUCUAUUCACCAGCCCAGCAGUGAAGUCUUUGCCCUCUUCGAUAAUCUUUGCCUUCUGUCUUCAGGUAGAACAGUUUACUUUGGUCCAGCUCAUGCGGCAGAUGAGUUUUUCUCUUCAAAUGGUUUCCCUUGCCCUACUCAUCAAAACCCAUCAGAUCACUUCCUCAAAACAAUAAACAAAGAUUUUGAAGAGGACAUUGAGCAAGGCUUCGGGGGUAAGAAAUCAAAAGAGGAAGCAAUUGAUAUUCUUACGAAAGCAUAUAAAUCAUCUGAUAAUUUCCAGCAAGUUCAAACACAGGUUUCUGAAAUAUAUAAACAGGAUGGUGGAGCCUUGAAGAAGAGAAGCCAUGCUAGCUUCCUUAACCAGUGUCUUGUUCUUACAAGAAGAUCUUUCGUGAACAUGUAUCGGGAUUUAGGCUACUACUGGUUGCGCCUAGCAAUCUAUGUCGCAUUGACUGUAGCCCUGGGCACCAUUUUUCACAACGUUGGCUAUAGUAAUAGUUCCAUAAAGGAUCGAGGUGCAAUGCUCAUGUAUGUAGCUUCAUUCUUGACUUUCAUGAGUAUUGGUGGAUUCCCUUCUUUUGUGGAGGACAUGAAGGUUUUUGGACGUGAGAGAUUAAAUGGGCAUUAUGGGUCGAGCUCAUUUGUCGUUGGAAACACACUUUCUUCAGUACCAUACUUGCUAGUGAUUUCUCUUAUUCCGGGUGCAAUUGCUUAUUUCCUUACUGGGCUUCAGAAAGAAUAUGCACACUUCAUUUACUAUGCUUUGGUUCUUUUCACUUGUAUGAUGUUGGUUGAAAGCCUUAUGAUGAUUGUCGCAAGUGUAGUCCCCAAUUUCCUCAUGGGCAUAAUAACUGGUGCCGGCAUUCAAGGGCUACUGAUACUGGGUGGUGGGUUUUUCCGAUUGCCCAAUGAUCUUCCUAAUGUGUUCUGGAGAUACCCGUUAUACUACAUCUCUUUCAAUAGGUAUGCGUACCAAGGAUUGUACAAGAAUGAGUUCCUAGGACUUACAUUUCCUAGCAAUAUAGCUGGAGGACCACGCGUUACUGGUGAAGAAGUUUUGAGAGAGACAUGGCAAAUGGAAAUGGCUUAUUCUAAGUGGGUUGACCUUUCCAUCUUGAUUGGAAUGGUAGUUUUAUACAGAUUCCUGUUCUUCAUUAUUAUCAAGACAACUGAAAAGGUAAUCCCCACAGUUAAGGCUUUUAUGUCAAGGCCUCCCAAGCAAACAAAGCAGGUGAUGGCGAAUCCCUUUGCUACACCUUCUGCUACACCAUUACAUGGAGCAAGCAUAUAACUGACUAGUUCCAUCAAUGUCUGUAUUAGAAAGCUGUAGUGAAUGUAUUUCUAGUGAUGCUACUUGUUGAAAGUGAAUAAUAAUUAAGACCCUCUACUAA